AUGGCUGAAGUCCCAGAAGAUUAUGAUUCUGACCCCGAUGAAAUACGGCCUAAAAAAGCUAAAUCUCUUAGAUCUCAUAAAUUGCCUACUGUUAAAUCAGACACCACGGUGGAGGUAAGCUCUGAGCUGCCCCCAGAAACUGACCAAGAGCCGGAGGAACUAAACCUUCAGGAAGAGUUGUUUGAAGAAGGGAAGGCAGGGAGUGUAGAAAAUGCGCUGCUGGAGCCAACCUGGAUGUCUGAGGAAGAAAAUCCCCAGGAGACCAACAUGGAUCUACCUAGACCAACAGAAGGAGAGAUAAUGCAAACGUCGGAGUUAGAAACACCGUGGGGAACUGGAGAAGAGGAUUUGGAGGUGCCUGAGGAUGAAAAGCCUGAGGAGCCAGACCUACAAUCAUCAGGUGUUCCCGUAGAUGUCCUCACAGAACUGCCUACAGAAACAGAUACACAGCUACCAACAGAAACCAAGGUUCCAGAGGCAACGAGCAGUGAGCCGGAGUUACCAGAACAGACCUGGCAGUCUGUCAGUGAGGGAGCUAAAGACAUAGGUCCAGAGCAGAACACACCAGAUUUUCCAAAUGGAAAACCAAGAAAAUCUGUUGAAGAGGACACUCCACCUCCAUCAGAGAUGGUCAAAUCAGAGACUACAGAGAAGACACAAGAAGACUCAGCUGAAGAAGAAAGUGAAGAGCCAUCUCAGGUGACUAAACCUGAGCCCCCAGACCAGAAGCUAAGAAAGCCUUAUGAGGAAGCAGAUCUCACCCCUCCAGAAGAGCAUCAGGUUAAGUUCGAAGAGCAGUUAGGCACAGAGCAACCUGAGCAGAUUGAGCCAACAUUCCCAGACAAGGAACAAAGUCCGUCAUCUAAAGAGAAAGUUCCUGAGCCCCUGGAAGAACUCAAACUGGAGCUUUCUGAGGAAGAAUCAAGAAAGCCAAUUGAUGAAGAAAGUCUAGACCUACCAGAAAAGACAGCAAGAAAAUCUUUUGAGGAAAAUAUUCCAGAGACCCUAGAAAAGACUGCUCUAGGCCUGACAAAAGAGAUAAAACCAGAUGUUCAAGGGGAGACACAAGGAGAGUCAAUUGAGGAGAAACUUCCAGAGCCAUUGGAAGACAAGAAGCCAACAGAUCAAGAAGAAAAGCUGAGAGGAUCAAGUGAGAAGUCUAAAUCAAAGGAAACAAUAGUGUCAGCUACAGAAAAGGGUCCAGUGCUACAAGAACAGCCUGAACCAGAAUUUCCAAAGAAGAACCUAAUAAAAUCAACUGAAGAAACAGGUCAGGUACCACCACAGCUUACCAAACCUAAAGUUCAAGAGAAGUCACAGCUAGAACCAACCAAGGACAAAAAUCUGGGCUUAUCAGUUGAGCCCAAACCAAAAGAGAGAGAGAGAGAAUUUCCCAAGGAAGACAGCACAAAACCAACCAAGUAUCCUGUAGAAAAAGACGUGCUGGAAUACUCUAAAUAUUACAAAAAGGUGUCCGAAAAAGAAGCUAAGGCUAAACAUGAGCAUACGUUAGGAUCGCCUAGAGAAAGUAUGGAAUCCAUUGGUACAGACAAUGGAUCCCAGGAAGUCCUCAGAGGACUUGAGGCUCAUACAAAUGAACUGUUUCCGACCAUUCCUGCUUCAGAGUCUCGGAUGAAACUGAGAGGUUCAGUUAGUGAAAAGAAAGUUGUAGUUUUACCCAAGGAGGGGGAGAACCUGGAAAGUAAAGAGUCCAAGAUCAAUAUCAGCCCACAAUUUGAGCACCUCAAGUGGAGCGUACAGAAUGUUGCAGAUUGGAUUAGUGAGCUAGGCUUCCCUCAGUACAAGGAGUGUUUUACUGCAAACUUCAUCAGUGGUCCAAAACUCAUCCAUGUCAACUGCUCCAACCUGCCUCAGAUGGGGAUAACUGAUUUUGAAGACAUGAAGGCGAUAUCUCGUCAUACGCGAGAGCUCCUGGGGAUCACUGAGCCGCUCUUUAGCCGCAGCAUCAGCCUCCCCUACAGAGACAACAUCGGCUUAUUCCUAGAGCGAAAAAGCCAUAGUGGAGUGAACUCUGACGCCUUGACCUUCGCUGAAUUCAUUGAAGCAUCAGGAUUACAGGAGUAUGGUCCAGCGAUAAAAGCCAUGGACAAAAAUGAGGGCUCACUGACAGACAACAGCGAGGAGGAAAAAUGAGGCAUUACUGCAAGAUAACAGCUCUGGACAAAAGUGAGGCGUUGCUGGACAAGGAGCAGUGGGGGAAACCAUUUCACUUAGCUUGAAAGAUGAAGCCAGUGCUGGAGAGAUGGCUCAGCAGUUAAGAGCACUGGCUGGUCUUCAAGAGUCACAGGGUUCAAUUCCCAGCACCCACAUGGAGCCCACAACUGACUUUAAUUCAAGUUUCUCACACAGACACACAUCAGUGCACAUAAAAUGGAAGAUAAAUAAAUUAUAUUUUAAAAAGAAAGAAAGGUCAAACUAAAUUACCUAGGAGAAGAGGUAUGGUCUUUUGGAUUUUCUUUUUCUCCCUUUC